AUGCAGAAACGUAUUCACUCACCACCACCACCACCACCAUUGCCCUCGUCAUCAUUAUUACAAGAAGAACACCAACAACGACAUGGAAUCUAUACUGGCAGGAUAGGAGUUUUCUUUUUAUUAUUUUUUGCUCAGGCAGAGUUCCACGAAAAUGACUCCCCUAUAAACGACUAUAACAAUUGGAGAUCUCUCAAUCUCAAUAUUAAAGCUAUCAAUGACAAGAAUAAGCAACAAUCACUUAAGGCCGAUGAUGGCGACCCAAUUAUCAUUAGCCAUGAUGAGAUGUUGUCUCCUAAUAAAGACCCACUCUUGCAGCAGCCGCCACCACAACCAUCUGUCGCAUUGAGCCCCAUAACCACUGAGCGUAACGAAGGACCUGCUUUGUUACAAACAUUAUGGUUUACUAAUCAACAACAACAAUGGUGGUCAAUGCAACAGAAACCACCAGCAACAGCAGCGGCAGCGGAGGCAGGGGUAGAGAGCAAUGCGGGGAGUAGCAAUCAAAUCCCCAGCCAUUAUCCAUCAUCGGCCGCAGAAUUCAAAUCCAUUAAUGAACAUUCAAGGAAAUUAAAUAAAUUAAAGAGUUCUCAAAUCAAUCGUGGUAGAUUUGAUGAGGUAGAGGCAAAGAAGGAGGAGGAGGUUGGGGAUGGGGAGGAGGACAAAAUGUUUCAAAGUGCCAUGGCUACUGCUGAUGCUGGUCAAUCUGGUGGUUUCUUGCAAUCAUUUGAAAUGUAUCAUCGUCAACAUUUUGGCAAUGAUUUGAUGAGAAGCUGGACAAAUGUUGCGGUAGAUGAGACAAGGACAACAACAAAUAAUGAAAAUGCCAGCAACAACAACAACAAGAAUGGGCAACAAUUGAAAUAUCUGAAAUUCUAUAAUGGCAAUGGCUUGCCUCCCCUGUCAUUUGGACAAUUGCCACAAUUUCAGCAAAAUGAACAACAGCAACAACAACAACAAGUACAAGUACUUAUUUCUCCAGCCUCUCUGGCAGGACAAUUACCACAACAACAAACAACUGCAUUUAGUGCCUCCUUGGGUAGUGAUCAUCAUCUCCAUCAGCUGCAGCAGCAGCCCCAACCGACAGUUGAUUAUCGUUUUUUCUUCAAUGCUGACUAUCACACAGAAUUCUAUUUGUAUACAACAAAUAGCAAUAGCAACAACAACAACAAUUACAACGUGAGAACCACUAAGCCACAACAUAUCCUUUCGAACAACAAAAAGAAAAAGACAAAGAACGAAAUACCUGAAAGUGGCACUGGAGAAAAGUCCCGACAUAGUUUAAGUGCCCCAAAGAACAACACCACCACUACCAGCAGCUCCGAUACUCUGUCACAGACACCAUCAAAUGAACGGGAACGACAACGAGUCCUUAAUGUUGUCACUGACACAAUUAGCAGUGUAUUUGGCGUUAGCACUCGUCCUGUUGCUGACAGCAUCCCUGGCAUACAUUCGGAACCGUUGCAAUUGUAUAAUGCACGGGCAUUAAGACAAUCAAGGUUUAAUCCAUUCCAGCCAACGAGAAUCCUCAUCCACGGCUGGCUGGGUGGUUCCACAGCUGGCCUGUAUAACACCCUGAUACCCGAACUGCUCGCAGCUCCCAAUGCAAGGCAUAAUAUAAUAACCGUGGACUGGGGCAAAGGUGCCAUUGCCGAUUAUAUCACCGCCAGUUAUCGCGUGAAGCCGGUGGGGAAAGUCCUGGCAAAAUUUAUCGACUUUUUACAUCAAGAAUCAGGAAUGCGUUUUGAGGACUUGCAGGUGAUUGGUUUCAGUAUGGGUGCCCAUGUGGCUGGGAUUGCAGGAAAAUUCCUCCAAACAGGACGGCUAACGGCCAUUUAUGCCUUGGAUCCAGCCUUGCCUCUAUUUCGCUAUGAAAAUCAAGAGGAACGCGUGGAUCGCAGCGAUGCCGAAUAUGUGGAGGUUUUACACACCAGUGUUGGGUCCUAUGGCUAUGAUCGUCCCCUGGGUCAUGUGGAUUUUUAUGUCAACUUCGGGUCACAUCAGCCCGGCUGUUAUCUCAAGGAAUGUAGCCAUUUUCGGGCCUUUCAAAUAUUUUCUCAAGCUCUAAGUCGGGAGAAACUGGAGGGCUUCGGCUGUGACGAGGAUAUGUGGCAGGAAAUGUUGCGACAGCAUAAAUGUCCCCAUGAAACGGGCCAAAAGCUGCAAAUAGCUCCACAUUAUAGCCAUUUUAAUAGAACCCUAAUGGCAAAGCGACGUGGUGUCUUCUAUUUGUUAACGAACGCCCAACCACCCUACCGGAUUCAAAAAUAAUUUCGAAAUGUAUACAAAUAAUUAAGAAGAAUUUUGCAAAGAGUAUUUCGUUUGACAUAAUAAAACUAUUGUAAUGGA